AUGGGAAUGAAGGGACACCCACAAAGCAACUGCUGCGGCGGCGGUGAGUGGAUUAAAAAGAAGAAAAUGGUGAUUGCGUUGGUGAUUUUGGUUGGGAUAAUGGGAGUGAUGGUGGUGCAAAAGGUGAAUGAUAGGAGGAUGUUUAACCUUGUUAUCAAAGAGAAAGAUCGACAGAUUCUAUCGCUUCAUCUUCUAUUGCAGUGUAACCAAAGCUUAGAAGAAAAUGGUUUGGAAAAAGUUUACCAGGAUAUUCAAGAAGUUGCAAAGGAAAGGCAAAUUGCAAAAGAAAACAAGAGGAAGAAUCAAGAUUUGAAUGCAAAACUGUUCUCCCUCCGAACACAAAAGGUUGAACUCAAUAACAAGAUCAUGGAGAUGCGAUCAACCAUUGGUUCCAUGAAAGAUGAACAACAAGCACUGGAGUUGGCAAUAGAUGAGAAGCAUAAUGAAAUCAAAUACAAAGAAUCUGAACUCAACGAUUUGAGAAGCAGCCUCCGGUCUCCUAAAAUCUGGUCAGUGAGUUCUGACGACCCAUCAAAUCAUGAAGUCAACUCAACUGAUAAGAUUAUCACCACUAGAGUCAAACCAUGGUUAGGUGUGGCGGGCAAUGUGCAAAAACCAAAUCAAGAAACCGUUCUGGAGGGUGUUAGAGGAAUCCUAAACCCUGAAGCAAAUGUUCAAAAGUCUAAAGAUUUGGACCAACUUGCAAGUUCAAAGAAACAUGAAGCUUGGGAUCACAUUCUCGACCAUAACGACGAUGCAAAGGUUGAAAUGCUCAACACCACUGGUACACCCGGUUCUAAAGAAAUUGGAGAUGGUUUGAGCAUCAAAGGAAGAAAGUUCUUUACUGGAGCAAGUGAAAGUCAGAGAGUAAAGGGUGAACAGCAUGCCAUAGGCUCAAUCAACCAAACUGCCGGCCAAUCUGAUAAUAAACAACUUAAAACAAAUCGGGAAGGACCAGCAGAAGUUACACAAUCAGGGAAGAGAAACGUUGAUCAAGAAACAGAAAGGGAGGCUGAGAGGACAGAUGAAGAUGAUGAAGCAGAUCUUUCUAUGAAGUAUUCAAUGAUACCUAACAAGGGUUCAGAAGAAGAUCAAGAGUACAAGGACGAAGCAAACUAG